AUGUGUAAUUUAAAAUUUUUUUUUUUCAUUUCAGUGCGAACGGCAAAUCCAUCUGCCGAACAAGUAUUGAUUACGACUCUUUUAAAAAAUUACGAUCGAAAUGCUCGGCCAGUGCUCGACAGACGAAGACCCACAAACGUCACGUUCGGACUUGAGGUUGUUCAGUUAGUGAACGUGGUAAGACUUAUGUCGAUGUAAAGACAGCGGUCAAAUGUCGAGCAUGCGCAAGAGGAUUAAAUUUUGGCCGACGCGCUUCAAUUUGUCACCAAAACUUUCAGGGGAAAACAUAAGAAAUAGCCGCUGUCGCGCAAACCAUGUCAAAAAAGUUCAAACGUUUACAGAUAUCGGUUGAAGGAAACGGAAGUAGGGAAAGGGAAACCCUAAAAAUUUUCUUUGAGAGUUCUCGAACCGACAUAACUUAUUUGAUUGCGGAUACUCUGCUGUUGAACAUUCUGUCCUAGGCUUUAUCUAAAGGUUUUUACGCUCUUUAAAGACUCGAACUGACACGCUUGUUAUGACUCCGGAGAACCUGAGUGUACACCGCGUUGUCAUAACAGCGUUCACGCAUGCGCACGCGUUUGGCCAUUGUGUUGCAUGAUGACUGAUAAAGAUUCCGUCUUUCUCUGUUUUCGUCUGCCCUUCCCAAGAUGAUCACAUUAACGAUGGAACAAGUUGUUCUUUUUUAUGCUCAGGAUGAUCGUAAUCAGAUGUUAACAACGAAUGUGUGGGUUAGACAAGUAAGUUCAUUUAUUAACAUUUUUUUAAAAAUAGAAAUAGCUUUUAUCAUCCGGCAGAAGACAAAACAGUUGUUUUCAAAUUUUCUACUUGAACCUACUUAAUAAGUUUAUUUUACCAAAGCACCAACUUCUUUCAAAGACUAAUCCCUGAGAGCUGGUUUACUAACCUAGAGCAGACUCGCCUCAACAAAAGUCAGCCAUUUCCUGCACCAUACAAACGACUUAUUCACUGCAUUAACAUCCUAAACGGAUAGAAUAGAACGAUGUAAGUUUACCCAGGAAAUAACUCUGAUGAUGACUUCUCCUCAAGUUGUCGAAAACGUCAGUCACCGCAACCUACAACGUUCCUUCUAAGGACUACAUUCGCCCGGAUGAUCAAACCACACUAUCACACUUAAUUUUACAGCUGUUAACAUUACUGUAAAACUGACCAGUCAGUUGUCAUUUUAGAGAUGGAGAAAUGAGCUGCUGACCUGGAAAUCAGCAAACUACAGUGGAGUAAAAACAAUACGAAUAGAUCCGAGAAUGGUGUGGAUACCAGACAUUGUGCUCUACAACAGGUAUUUUUUUUCAAAAAGUAUUUAACAAUUAUACGUUAAUUAAAAAAACUUUAAAAAAUAACAAAUAAAAAAAUAACAAAUACAAACAUGCCGAUAUAUUAUAUAUGUUUCAAUCGGUCGAAAACUUAUCGUUAAUCCACGUCUCAAGUUCUCCCUACAUCCCGCGGGGGUAAUUACGCCGCAAAACUUAUAGGAAGUGUGAAUUAUUGCUUGAAAAUCAGGAACCCCCCCUCUAUUGCUCAAUAAAUUUGUUUUAUACAAUUCCAGCGUGCUUCGAUUUUUCGGGCGGCUCAACUGAGCAAAUAGUGCUAUUUUUGAUUGGUUAAAAAUGAACGCUUCGCGCCGUUUACUCUAUCAAUCGAAGUGAAUAUCUUAGCUGCGCAUGGGUGGUUUAUGGUUGCUUGUUUCUGGGACGAAAUUUUACUCGUUGUAGGAUCACUGAGACAUGAACAAACUUUGAACUUUUUGAAACUUUUUUUUUUUUUUUUUUUAACAUUUUUUUUUUUUUUCACUUAAAGCACAAAUACUAGAGUAAUACAAACAAAUACAAAGUUAAUUACAUUAACGCUUACGCUACUCACUAACACUAAUUACGAAAUACUACAUUACAUUACAUUCACAGUCGGCUAGAUUUAAUUUAUGUUGUGGUUAUAUAAUAAUAUAAGCCUAAUUUGUACAAAUACUUCUACAUCAAAUUCCUUUUUUGGUAGAACGACUGUAUAUACAACUGCGUCUAUAACUGUUAAUACCCGAUACUCAUCUAUUGAGUUACAAUAACAUGUUUUCCCAUUUUUUAUAAUGAAUAGAUUCUUUUUUAUUCUUUUUUACAAUCAAAAAUUCAAAUUUCCGAGUUUCAGAUGUUUUAGCCUUCAGUAAGGAUACAGACGGCUUGAUAUUUGAACUUCAUACAAAAAUAUUUUGAUUUUCCUUCCCAGUGCGGACAGUAUUUUCAGCGGUGGCCUUGAAAAAUACAAGACACGUGUCAUUCUGGUGCAGGAUGGUCGCCACGCCUGGUACAGUCCAGCUUCUUUCCGAAGCACGUGUACCAUCGACGUGACAUAUUUCCCGUUCGACGAGCAAACAUGCACCAUGAAGUUUGGCUCUUGGACAUUUGUGGUUACAGAUCUAGACAUAGAGGCGGAAGACACACCCACUUUCUCGGACAAGUACGUAAAGAGCGCUGAAUGGGACCUGAUCAGAGCUUCUAAGAAGCGAAACGUUCAAUUUUACGAGUGUUGUAGCAUUCCUCUUGCUGAUGUAACCAUCGAGAUGGUCAUUCGACGUAAGCCUCUCUUCUAUGUUUUCAAUCUAAUCACACCGUGUAUGAUAAUGCUGACCAUGAUCCUCCUGGGGUUCUUCCUUCCACCUGAAUCAGGAGAAAGAAUCACGCUAAGCAUCACGGUCCUAUUGGCCAUGGCUGUAUUCUUGCAGCUUGUGGCGGAAACUCUACCGCGAAACUCAGAAACUAUCCCAUUACUCGGCAAAUUCUAUAUAACCAUAAUGGCGGAGAUAUCCAUGUCUCUGAUGUGCACUUGUUGGGUGCUGAACAUUCAUCACAGAAAUUCCGGUCGUUCUAUCGUCAAAACACCUCAGUGGGUUGAAGUUUUUGUCCUUGGCUGGUUGGCUAAAAUUCUGUGUGUGAGGAAACCAGGCGUGGAAGUUGAGAAAAUUUCCAUAAACAACAAACAUGAAAACCGUAACGACGACGACGUAAUUCAAGUGAGAGUUUCACCGCAAGACCUCAAGGGAAAAAUGUCCUUGAACGGUGAAGCGCAUACGUUGUUAUCGAUGAGUCACGUGACCCCUGUUUGUCGAUCGAUUGGGCAGAUACAGAAAAGAUUCUCGCAGCAUAAUGGUGAUGCGAAAAAUUCUGAGGAGAAAGAGAAUGUUUCAGGUGAUAAUUUGUCUCGAAACUUAGCAGUGUUGACUGAACACGUAAAAUUUAGUCGAGAUAUCGAAGACAAUCAAAAGAAAUGGAAACAUGUUGCUAUGGUAAUGGACAGAUUCUUUUUUUGGUUUUUUAUUCUCACUGUUUUGACAUCAACGCUGGUGAUAUUUAAGGAGAGAAUACGUCAAGGACGGGACAGCUCUUAGAGACUUGUUGACCAUUUUUAAAAAAACUAGCAUGUAGAAAAACACACUGUCAGAGGAGAACUGAAGCCCAAAUUCAUGUAGUUUUUUUCAACGUAGAUCGUACAUUUAAGUAUGAUGGAGUAAAUUUCCGUAAUGUUUCCUUCCUCGAACGACAGUUUUUAUCCAGGAAGCGAAGGGUUUUUUGGUAACAAUUGGCUCAAUAUUUGACCGUGGUACUCAGAACACGUAUGUCAGCGAUUUCCCCAUCAAGUCUAAACCUUUUUUUUUAUCAAGGGUCACUAAAAUAAUUUCUUUACACCCGUUCCUUGCUGAUAAAUCCCUCUCACGAGAAGCCAAUUACCAGUUAAUACCGGAAUACCGGAGGGGCCUGUACUCUGUUCUUCUACAACUUCCCAGGCCUUGCGCGGUUGUCAAAACACGGGGCUUAGAAUGAUGGAUAUGACUUUAACUAUCUGUUCACCUUUACUUUAAAUACAUCUCUAUUAGCAUGAAACAUUGGUAAGUUAAUACCCUGAGUGCGGGAGAUUUUAUCCAGCGUAUCUCGGUUAUUGUGGGCGUAGAAACUCGCACCAGCUGCAGUCUUGUAACAAAGCAGCUCUUCCUUUCAGCCAAUUUUAUAGAUAAUAAAGCUUUUUUAAAUCCCAACCACGCAUCUGAGUUAUAAUUUGUAUCGCCCAGCAUGAAAAUUGAAUUACUGUGAAAGUAAAAUUGCAAAGCUCGAGGUUCCUUUGUCGCAAGUAUUAAAUGAGACUUGGUUUAUCAAUGAAAAUCUAUUUUGGUUGAUUUUUGACAUUCCUUAGUGUUUUAUGAAUGGCUUCGUAAUUUUGAAAUCAACCCAGCUGAUGAAAUGUUUUUGUUUGGCGCAUCCCGAAUUUUGUUGUUCUAAGGAGUCAUGUUGGGGUUUUGAUUAAAAGUUCAGAGAAAUGUUUGCAUUUUCACGAAAAGUUUUCCGGAUUUCUUUUCCAUAGUAAUUGAAAAAAAAAAAGGUAAGCUAUGAAUCUUUCAUCUUCUGCCCUGAAGAAAGCGUGUGAGUUAAGGCUGGGUUGUUGUUCUAAGGAGUCAUGUUGGGGUUUUGAUUAAAAGUUCAGAGAAAUGUUUGCAUUUUCACGAAAAGUUUUCCGGACUUCUUUUCCAUAGUAAUUGAAGCCUUGACAGCUAAUUAAAGUUAGUCGGAAGAGAAUAAAAGCUGCUAAAAUCCACAAAAUAGCGCAAGGAAUAUUUGUCGUGCAUCAAGAUCAAGUGAUUUACGAAACUGUGGAAGCAUCUUCGCAUGACGUAGGCUUCCCUCAAGUGAUUAAAAAAAAAAAAGGUAAGCUACGAAUCUUUCAUCUUCUGCCCUGAAAAAAGCGUGUGAAUUAAGGCUGGGUUAUCCAUCAUUCCAUCGAAAUAAUUCAAAUAAGAAAUUUAUUGUCUGAUUUUAUUUUAACGACGUUAAGGUGUUGUAUAUAGCAUCCUUACUUAUUACAUUGUGUUUUAAGAAAUAGAAGACCGCCUUAAUUUACUUUGUAGCUACAUAAAGGCGAAUCGAAAAUUACACACCAUAAAAUAGUUGCCUGAGGAAAGGAAGACUGAGUAAAUAAAUGAUUGCAGUUUUAAAUCAAUUUUGCGAAACAAGUUCUUUUAUAAGAAGACUUUUUUAUUCGCCAAUAGAAUGAGCGUCAAAGUCGCAAUUCAAUUUUGCGUUCCUCCGUCCGCAAUCUCUGAUCACUUCAUCAGUAUAGAAACGUCAGUCACCAACAACAGUUCUUUUCAGAACUACACUCACCCGGACGAUCACACUACACGAACUAGUAUAGUAUCUGAAUUUCACGGCAAUAUGUGAUCGUGAAUAAGGAGGUUUUGUUCGGUACUUAUAAAUGUUCGCUAAACAGCGGUUUUGAGGUAGUACUUUGCGUUAGGCUUCCAGCAAUACAGAAACCAUGUUAUGCGCACCUUUAUAAAGCUCAGUUAAAAACAGUCGUGUGACUCUUUUGAUUCAAACAACGCUAUUUAGUGAACAGUAUUAAUUUUAUAUCAGUGUCUUCUCGGAUUGCUAGUGAGGCUCAGAUAUCAAUGCGGUUCUUUUGGAUUCUCGUCUAACCGCUGUGGGCUGUCUUCAAACAAUUGAAAAAUCAAAUCUUCACUUGAAAAAUUAACAAAUGACGUUAGUUUCUUGACAUAAACGCAACAACUACAGACUUCACAUUUCUCCAAGCAUCUCGGCCUAUAUACAUACUCUUAUAAGGCAAGUCUGUAAACUUAUCGCUGUAGUGUUCCUACAGGAGGGGCCAGACACGCCUGCUAAAGGUUAUAAUUAUCGAAACCGAGAGGUCGAAAGAUUGCGGGUUAGAUUUUUAACCAAGAUCAAAUUAAGAGUAAAAGCCAUUUCAUAGAUCCGCAAUGUGUGCAAAGUAUCGGCAUAUUUCUUAAAUAAGUGUUAAGAAAAAUAAGAACAACAAUAUUUAAUGGGAAGCCCCUAUAGCAUUAUCUUACCUGCUCGAUGUCUGAAUCUUUCAAAAAUUCAAUCGACUAGUUUCAAAGACUAGCUUCAUGCAAAAUUUUUUAAUUCUCUAAAAUUAUGGUUGAAAAAAUAAUUUGCGCCUGCCUGGAAACACCCAUGACUGCGACAUCACUUAGCAGCUUUGAUAAUUGAAGUACCCAUUGAAAUUCCACCGAUUAAACUCUUCAAAAUUACUUUUAUGCUAUCAAGAACACAGAAAAUGAAGCUUAUAAAGGCUAAUUGAGGUCCUUAAAACUAAGGCAGGACUAGAAAAUUGGCAGUUUCAUUCGUUAAAGAUAGCAAGUGCAGGAUAAAAUUAGCACACCACGAGUAGUGUGGUUACAUCUAGUGAGUCAUAUGCAAAGUGAUUAAGGUUGUCAGCGUGUUGUUCAGGAAAAGAGAAAGGUUUUAGACAUAUACUAAAGAUAAGGUGCGCAUUGUGAUGAGAAAAAAAACAUCAGAAAAGAUAUGUACCUUAUUAUAAUAUUUUUCUUAUUAUCUUUAAUUUUUAUACGACGAUUUUGACAAUGCUGUUCCAACGCGAAAAAAGGGAUGCUUCUCACAAAUAAAAUAAGGUGAUGGCAAAGCUUCUUACAGCCUGUUCAAAGCCUGUUCACAGUCACCGACGGUUUCAAAACUAAAAACAGCUCUCUUUUAUAUAUACCUGGUUCAUAUGAUACCGAGUUUUAGAAGUAGAGUGUCACAGUCAUUGCUUGGAAGAGUCCGGGGCAUAUUUCAAUUUCUCGAGGGGACAAAGUUUAAUAUGUCAAAAAAUUGGAUCUUUUUAGAAAUCUUCUUUGCUAUUAGAGAAGGGACGGAUCUCUGACCGCAUUAUUCAAAGCUGAUUUUAUCUAAAAAGGUUGACACAUUCGCGAAACUACCGCCAGCUCUUAGAGGGAAAUGAGAUUACAUGGCGCGGAGAAUUAGCGUGGAGAUGAAUUUCACCUAUCAAGCCAUAGCUUCCCAAUUCAUAGUCGCAGAUUAUUAUAAUAAUUUUAAUUUUAAAGCGCUUUUCAAUGUUGUUGUAUCUCUGCUGCCUAAAGAAUGGUUUCUUUUUCGUUUACCAUAAAUUUAUGGCAUUAAUGAAGCGAAAAAAAACUCGACAUCUCGUAAUUUGGACAAAAAUUUUAAUUCUUCAUUACAACCGAGUGUCCUCAUAAUUCUAAGUACAAGUUGCAUUUAGUGAUUGCCAUUUAAGUACGGGAAUCUGUAGUAGGGUUUUUCAAAUAAAAGAUCACAUAAUAAUAAUAAGUCUCGGAAAUAAUUUUGCUUAUCUUACACAUGAAAAGAACAAGGAAAUUAAAGAAAAUGUGUACUUUUGUAUUCAUUUGACAGCCUGUUGUUACCAAUUCUUUCUUUCUCAUUAAAAUCUAUGACAACUCUUACGGAUUUUCGGAAAUCAAUAAUUAAAAAGUUUAGGAAAUCUCUCAGAAAUUCGAGGGAAUACAAGAUCUGCUUGUAAUUAGAUUUGAUUUGUGUUUUCAACCAGUCAUAGAGGAGAUCCGCGCAGGUGCUAACAUAAUUGAUCAGAAGCUAUAAGAUGAAAUUGCUUCGAAACCACUUUGUCACGAGCUGUCGAAACUGAAAAAUUCAUCAUGUUGUUGGAAAGGUUAUUCGUAUAGUUCCAAACCUCCAGUGCAUGUUCCUUACUGUAAUUAUAACUAUAACAGCUCGAUUUGGAAUUGUUGAUGCUACGAUUCCCAAGAGGUGGCCAUUUUCUCUCAAUGUGAUUCCUCUAAGUAAACCUUUAGGGGAACGCAUUUUUUUUGGAUUUAGUGCCCUCUAUAUCCUUUUAGUCACCCUAAGGAAAGUCAAUUUUGAUUUCGUCUCUUUGGUCUAAGAGGUUUUCGAGGAAUUUUAUGCCACUACGAGCCAUCAGUUCCAGAACUUCACCGCGGUUUUGGAAAAACCGAAGGAAGGAGAAUCACCCACAAUUUUGACAUUAAAGUUAAGUUCUCUCUCCUAUUCGCAAGGACGAACCGAAAGGCAAGUAUCACGAUGAGAAAUAUUUGAAAACCUUUUAAGUUGUACGUGGUAUACGUGGACACCUUUGUUGCAUUUUAUACUGAAGGCUUUUAAACUCUCUCACGCAGGUGCGAGUGCAUUACAAACAGCCUUGUUUAUCACUCUUCAACAUACUCCCAAUCACAAUGCAAUAUGAUCUUUUUUAGGGAGAAUGAAAUUAUUAUGCGCAUUUUUGCGCAAAAAAUUCAGUAUUUUCUUGCUUCCCAUUCAUGCGAAUACAUAUUUGAUUUAGGCCCAGCGUGCUUGAACAUUAAGUGCGUAUAAUUGCAUUGUAAUUUAUCGAGUUUCUUUCAUUACUUCCAAAAUGUUCAACGCUAUGUACUGAAGAAUGUGGAGGACCAAAAAUAUCGGUGUUUCUUUAUUUUUCGUAAUGAAAAUGGCUAACCUCGGAUAUAUAUUUUUUUCGUCAAUAAUACGCUAUAAAUCUGAUUUUGAGCUCUGGAUUUCAGAACGAUGGAGAUUGCUCUGGAAUAAUGAUAUUUUAUUGUUUCUUGAUUAUCUCUCAUGCAGUUAGUGUUGUAGACAGUCCACUUGCAUGAUUAUUAUGCCGUGAACUAAUUUGUAUUCAUGGAUUGCCAAAUAGAAUUUAAAUAAGAAAUAUUUCAAUUUGUUGACAUAGUUUUAGAGCUUAAAAUUGGCCAUGGGUCAUUCGCGUGACAGUGAACAACACGAACACCUAUUUGUGACUUGUGAAUAGAAUUUAAUCAUGCAGGGAAAAAAAUGUUUGUCUCUUUAUUGCUCAACACUGUCACAGCCCGUCUAGAAAGAGUUGUAAUAAUCAGCUAUGUUAAGUACAAGAGUCCAUCUCAAUGCACCAUGAAACUUCAUAUUUUCGACCACCAUAAUUAAUCAUGAAAUUUGUGGUUAAAACAUGUAAUAGCUUUGUUCGAGGAGUCUCCGCAACAGUACUCCAAAUCUGAGUGAAUAACAACUUAUAUUAUUGGACUGAAGACAGUCUCCAAACAUACGUUGACACCCUCCAAAUAUACGUUAGUCAGUUUUCUUCAGACUUAAAAAUUAAAUUUUCUCGGCUUAAACAGCAGUAGUUCUUCAAAGAUUGCCCAAUAAGGGGCAAUUCUUUUGGUGCUGGCCAAGGGAGUUAUAGUGAUGUCAAUAUUUGGUUCUUGUUUUUUUGUUUGUUUUUUGUCUAGCUAUUGAAACUAACUAAAUAAAUAAAUUUGCGCUGGAAAAACUCAUAUGCAUUCAUUAAUAAUGAUUAUCUAUAUAUCUUUGUACAGAAAUCUUAAAAAGAAAUGAAUUCAUUCACAUCCAGAAGUUUGGUCCUCGUUGCCCUCAUCUCCUUCGGUAAGCGGAUAUCAGAACUUUAGCCAACCGGUAUUGUUAAAUAAAUACCGCCUUGUUUUCAAUCCUAUCUUUACUUUUAAACCAUAAGUUACAUUCUGCGAAAGAUUUAUGGAAAUCUCUCCGUUACUAGAAUAAAGAACAGUUAGUAGAUCGUCGUAGAUUGUUCACAGUAGAAGCUCAUUUUGACAGUAUACGGAAUGCUUUACCAGGAGUCACAGGAGUGCAGUGAAAAUUGGCUGCCAUCUUCGUACCCAUUUUACUCGCAAUUAUCUAAUAAGCUGAAUCAUAUUCUCAUUUUGAUUAGUUCUUAAGUAUGAUCUAUUGGAGGACAGACACAGAUGUCGUCGCCAAUGACAACUUCUGCUUCUUUGUCGCAUAAAACUAAUAGGUUCCAUGUUGCCUCACAGUAGACGUCCAAAGUAUGGUAAGAACAUCGGUGACACCCUCGGCUGCGCUUCGAGUGCCUCUUUUUUUUGUUCCUAUCACAUUUUGACGUCACCUGUGAUCUAUCACCGAAAAGAAGCACGGCAAUAUAUAAUCCAUUUGUAAAGAAUAUCCUCCCUCGGUCAUGUCUGCUAUCUUUUAAUCACGAAAACAUUUACGCGUUUUUGUUUUAGUUUUUCCUCUUACGAGGGCAGCUCUCUCAUUUCGAUGCAAAGUAACUUGCAUUGUUUUUAUUUACUUCUCAGUUACAAUAACAACAACAAAAGGUUUGACACCUGAGGAGCGACUCAUCACCAAUCUGCUUGCAAAUUACACGAAGGAAGCAAGACCAGUAAAAGAUCCAAGACAAAAAGUUGUGGUCACAUUUGGUUUUGAGCUUGUCCAGUUGGUCAAUGUUGUAAGUGGGAGCAACUAACAGCAGUUUAAACAAACCACUAUUCUUUUCUGAUCAAGAAGCAUUUAUUUCCCUAUUGAAAUUAAACCUUCACGAAUUCUUUUUCCUUCAUCAACGUUGUGUUAUUUGCUGAUCCAACUGACAUUUUCGGUCUCUUGUUGUGUUUCAGGAUGUCAGAAAUCAAAUGAUCACAACAAACGUUUGGGUUCGACAAGUAAGUAUUUGCAAAUUUCGCCUUACAUUCACCUAGUGACUCAUUCGUUCACUCCCUUACUCACUUAUUUACUCACCAGCCUAACCAACCUUACAUAUCUUUUCUAGUUUGUCAGAACAGAAACACUACUCUUUUAUCAGCGAGACCAAAUCUUUUUCAAGACAGUUGCAACGAGUAAGACAUGUCCAUCGAACUUGAAUAAAUUUCUUGAUUAACAUAUUUACUGUCGGCAGAUUUGGGACAACGAGCUUCUCACGUGGGACCCUAGGGAUUAUGAUCAAAUUCAGACGGUCAGGCUGGACGCAUCCUUAGUCUGGAUUCCAGAUAUUGUCUUGUACAACAGGUUAGUGCUGACUUGUCAGAAACCUCAGUCCCGUUGGAACGAACUUUUAAACGUGUUCUCAUCGUUUGCAGCGCAGAUAAUGAAUUCAGCGGUGGUACUGAUAAAUACAAGACUCCGGUGAUUUUGUCAAGUAAUGGGAGCUGCAGUUGGUUCUGUCCGGCUUCUUUCACCAGUACAUGCCCAAUAGACGUACAGUACUUUCCAUUUGAUCGUCAGAAGUGCGUAUUGAAAUUCGGCUCUUGGACUUACGAGGUAAUUCUUGCGUCAUAAGUGGCAUUUUUAAUAACUUAAAGGACGACUAAAAGAAAAAUAUGGAAGUCAUGGUAAAAUAAGUUUCUUUCAAAGCGAAAAGAUUUUUCCCGAUAAAAAUAGCACUAAAAAAAAAAAAAAGCAAAGUGUAUCGCUUUUUCCUCUUCCUCGGCUAUCUCAUUGCGUUAAGUGACACUUCACGGGAAAAAAAAGAAAGAACCUGUCAAAAGGUAAGUUAGCCUCUUUUCGUAACAACGAGCAUCAUGAAAAGACAAGAGACAGGAAAGGGAGGCCGCUUCUGAAAAGCAGCCUGAGGAAACGAUGAUGAAGACGAAAAUGACUCCGACGCUGUGGUCUAUGACAAUGAUGACGACAAUGCGGAUGGUGAUGAUGACAAUAACGAUUACGAAGAUGAUAAUCGUGACGAUUACGAAGAUGAUAACGUGACGACGAUGAUAAACUAAUGAUGACGAUAAUGUUGAUGACGACGAUGAUUAUGAUUAUGGUUUUGACUAAGAUGAUAAUGAUAAUGACGAUAACGAUGACGAUGACGAUGACGAUGACAAAGAUGAUGAAAAUGACGAUGACGUCGGCGAGCGCGAUGACGAUCGACGAUGAAAAAAUUCGCUAACAUGUUGUGUUUACCUUUCUCAUUGUUUAAACUUACCUAGGGCAAAAUUUUGAGACUGGUGGUAUUGUUUUCCUUGAGCAAACAGCAUCGUUCUUUGAUAGGAACGCACGAUCGGUUGUGAUCACUAUAAUAAUCCUCUCUUAAUUCCUUUGUUCUUGAAGGUAAUAGACCUCGACAUGAAGGAAGGAAAAUGGAUCUUCACAAUCUCAGUACAUACAAAGUGCCGAGUGGAAUCUGUACGGAAUCAAAAAACAAAGAAACGCCAAGAAAUACACAUGCUGCAAGCACAAGUUAGCAGAUAUAAGUAUAACAAUUAUUAUGGAUCGGAAGCCUUUAUUUUAUCUUUUCAACCUUGUCAUACCAUGUUUGAUAAUCCUCUCCAUGAUUCUACUCGGCUUCUUCCUUCCUCCGGAGUCGGGUGAAAGGAUCACACUCAGCAUCACAGUGCUGCUGGCUAAUGCUGUCUUUCUUCAGCUGGUCGGAGAGAGCCUCCCAAGAAACUCUGAGACUGUCCCUCUUCUUGGGAAGUUCUACAUAACUAUCAUGGCGGAGAUCUCCAUUUCGCUGAUGCUGACGUGCUGGGUUCUAAACAUUCAUUAUCACGGAUCAGGGAAUUCAGUUAAGGCAGUACCCUUAUGGGCUCGUAUCAUUGUACUACAGUGGCUCGGGUACAUACUCUGUGUG